ACAGAAAACUGAAAUUACUGUUUCUUCCAUUUCAGGCCAGACAUCCUCGGAAAUUACACCAUGAGAUCUUUCUAUCAUGAUGUUGUCGACCUUCAGACUGUAUCGAAAAGUUUGCACAAGAACUGUGUUGAUAGAAUGGAACCAUUUAAGUGUCUUUUUCCUCAAGAAAUGGUUAAAAAUAUAAAAACACCAGUAUUUCUUGUCAACCCCGCAUACGACUUUUGGCAGAUACAAAAUAUAUUGGUACCAGAUGUGUCAGAUCCCCAUCACUACUGGGUAAAGUGCAGACUGAACAUACAGAAUUGUAAUCACGGCCAGAUGGAAGUACUUCAAGGUUUCCGUAGUUCCCUGCUGAAGGCAGUGAACGAGUUCCUGCUAAACAACAGAAAUGGGGUGUUCGUAAAUUCAUGCUUUAUUCACUGCCAGACAUGGAUGGGUGAGACUUGGCAUUCACCCAGUUCUCCUAGAAUCAACAACAGGACAAUUGCAGAAUCUGUAGGAGAUUGGUAUUUCAACCGAAAAGUAGUGAAGCAAAUUGACUGUCCUUAUCCAUGCAAUCCUACCUGCUACAACAUGGAUUUUACUCGAGGUUAAUCAAGUUCAUCAUAUGGUUAAGAUUUUUCCAUUGGUCAUUCUGACUCCUGGUCUCCAAUUACUCGAGCUGCCUUGGUGGAAACCCUCUCUAUGCAUAGGAAAAAGAAUAUGGUGGUUUUUGAAUACGCAAUGCAUGGUUGAUAUCAGGACUUCCUUCAUUUGCUGCUUUUGGGCUGCGGAUUUCGUGUUUGUUGAUUAGUGGGCGGAGACAAUGGAGUGAAUUGGCAUUGAAAUUAUAUAUUGAACUCAUCUAUACUCAUUGUAUAGCUUGAGUCAGUUAUUUAUAUAAUUUCCUUUUAUAUCAAUAUAUUACCCCCACAUACUCAAAAGUCUAUACUUAUGCUGAUCUUAGGUUUGGUUACUAUGAGGGUCGCAGCUCUGGCUCACCACGAAAGUGGUGGGAGCGUGAGCCAUUAGAGCGGCAGAUCCAGGUAAAUUUCUCUGUUUAGUUUAAAUAAAAUGGCAACAGAAGGUUUGCUUUCUAAGAA